AACCUUGGUUAAAAGGACAUUUACUCUUGCCCCUUUUCUUCACUCAAAGCUGUGGCUCAGUCCCCUUCUGUUCUCUGCUUAAACAAGAGAGAGAGAACAUUUUCUUUUACUAGCCAUGGAAAUAGGUCGGAGCUCAAGAAGAUACAAAUGGGUUACAUCAUUUCUUGUUAUACUAGCUUGCUCAGCUGCUGGACAAGUUGAAGAUGGUCCGUUAGUUAACGGUGAUUUUGAGACACCUCCAUCAGGCGGUUUCUCUUCCGGCGAUGGAUUCUCUGAUGGCCCUCUCGUACUCCCCAGCUGGAAAACAAACGGCACAGUGGAGCUAGUGGAAUCAGGGCAAAAACAGGGUGGGAUGAUCCUCAUCGUACCACAAGGUAAACACGCAGUUCGGCUCGGAAACGACGCCGAGAUAAGCCAAGAGCUCAAAGUGGAGAAAGGCUCCAUUUAUUCAGUCACGUUCAGCGCGGCUCGCACCUGCGCCCAGCUAGAGUCACUGAACGUGUCGGUGCCUCCGGCAUCACAGAGCAUCGAUCUUCAGACUCUGUAUAAUGUCCAGGGUUGGGAUUCCUACGCGUGGGCCUUUCAAGCUGAGGAAGAUGACGCGCGUGUCGUUUUCACAAAUCCUGGCAUGGAAGAUGACCCUACUUGUGGGCCCAUUAUUGAUGAUAUUGCUAUCAAGAAGCUUUUCACUCCAGAUAAGUCCAAAGAUAAUGCAGUACUUAAUGGCGAUUUUGAAGAAGGUCCAUGGAUGUUCAGGAAUGCUUCCCUCGGCGUUUUGCUUCCAACUAACCUUGACGAGGAAACAUCGUCGCUACCUGGUUGGAUAGUUGAAUCAAAUAGAGCAGUUCGGUACAUUGAUAAUUAUCACUUUACAGUUCCAGAAGGGAAAAGAGCUAUAGAAUUGCUUUCAGGAAAAGAAGGCAUUAUAUCCCAGAUGGUUGAAACCAAGCCCAACAAGCCAUACAGAUUGACAUUUUUGUUGGGCCAUGCAGGGGACUCAUGCAAGCAGCCACUGGCUGUUAUGGCAUUCGCCGGUGAUCAGGCCCAAAACAUUCAUUACACUCCCAAUUCCAAUUCUUCAUUUCAGAUUGCUAACCUGAAUUUUACGGCUAAGGCGGACAGAACACGUGUCGCGUUCUAUAGUAUCUAUUACAAUACAAGAAGUGAUGAUAUGAGCUCUCUUUGUGGACCUGUUGUGGAUGAUGUGAGGGUUGAAGUAUCAGGGUCUAGCACAGUCAGGGUUUUGGGGUUCGGGUUUAUGUUGUGGCUGUUAGUCUUAGUAUUGGUUUAAAUUGAAUAGUAGCUUUCUGUUUUACUCUACAUAUAUGGGAUCCAAUGUUGUACUACAGCAGGGAGGUUCAGAUCGGACACCACCCGCGGCAAAAAAAGAAGUUUGCUGUAUUAAAUAGCAUGUAACUGUAUGUCUUCUCAAGUCCAAUGUAGUAUGUCUUGGUAAUUUUGCAAUCAAAAUUUGAAAGUGCUUCCAGUUUAUUAAGGUCA